CAACAAACCUCGCCUGGCGCCCUACCCAUCAAGUCAACCAGCCAACAGCCACUAGCAACAUCUGCAGCAGCAACAUGAAGUUCUUGUGCGUGUUCGUCAUCCUGGCCAUUUGCUUCAUGAGCACCUGGGCAGCAGUUUCGGAGCCUGCUCCUGAAGCUCUGGAGCCGGAGCCAUCCGCCGUGGAUGAGAAGAAGACGGAGAAGAGAGGCAUCUACGGGUUCGGCCACGGCUAUGGCGGCUACGGCGGAUACGGCGGAUACGGUGCCUAUGGACACGGUCACUACGGCGGCUACGGUGGACUGAGCAGUCCCUACUACGGCGGCUACGGAUACGUCCAUGCGGCGCCCUACUACGGCGGACACCACGGCUACUAUCCGUACCACCAUGGCCACUACGGCUUCUACUAGGACCACUACCUAUCCCCAAGAUCGUAAUGCAUACUGUUUUUUUUUUCUCGAUCGCUCCAUGCUCAUCACUGCACCAUCAUUCGUAUAUGUAUAUGUACUGGUUUUCCCCCAUCAUUCACCGCAAUAUAAAUGUACUGCAAAUAGCGAAUACAUUACUCGCAUGUCUUUGAAUUUGGGUUGGAUGUAGUACAAAUAUGAUAUAUGUACAUAUGUAAACAAAGUUAAAUCCUACUCAACAAUAAAGAAUCGAUUACAUUGCAUAUGUAUGACAGU